GGCAGGGCGGGGAGGGGGGGCCCUUGGCGCCGGGCAGCCCCCGGGCUCAUCGCUGGGGCCGCCGCCCCCGCCCACUGCCCGUUGGGGCUCCAGCCGGGGCCCGCCCGCCCCCGCCCCGCUCGCUGCCCGCCCGGGGAUGCGCUGAUCCCCUUGACCCGGGGCCGGGCCAGGUAGGACCCCCGGAAGCCGCCGGCCUGGGGCCGCCGCCGCCCCGCUCGCCCGCCCGGCCACCCCCGGCCUGCCCGCCCCUGCUCCGCGGGCUGCAACAAGUUAAUUUAUUUUUGGAAAAGCAGCUCUCAGAGUUUGUCUAAUUCCACCCGCACCAGCUCCUUUCACUCUAUUUUAAACCAGUUCUAACUGUGCUUCAAGUUUAUAAAAACAAGCACUGCUCCCUGAUAAAAGCAGCCCUAAGCCACGGAGAAAGCAAGGAGUCCCCAAAGCAGCAUCUCCUCCAGGACACUCUAGCUCAGCCGAAAAGUUUGCAGAGGUCACUUUGGUGUCUGCUUCUCUCCCUGAUCAUCCAAAGUGGAGCAUCCAGAAUCUGGAGCACUCUCUUCAGGCACGGUGAUGAAUGGUGUGACCAAACAGGAUUGCUCGGACCACAAAAGUACACCAAGUGGAAAUGAAGAAGAAAAGGCACCCAAAGAAAAGGCUGCCAGCGAAGUGAGAGAUGGCACCAAGCUCCAGCCACCACCCUUUGCGGAGCGCAAGAACGUUUUGCAGCUACGGCUUCAGCAGAGAAGGACCCGUGAGCAGCUGGCAGACCAAGGCAUCAUGCCACCACUGAAAAGCCCAUCUGCAUUCCAUGAACAGCGAAAAAGUCUGGAGCGAGCCAAGACUGAAGAUUAUCUCAAGCACAAGAUCAGAAGCAGGCCUGAGCGAUCAGACCUGGUCAAUAUGCACAUUUUACAAGACUCAGCUGCAGAGGGGUCCAUUCAGUCUACUCAAAUGAAGCUGAAAAGAGCCCGACUGGCAGAUGAUCUCAAUGAAAAGAUUGCUCUCAGGCCGGGUCCUUUGGAGCUGGUGGAGAAGAAUAUUAUUCCUGUCGACUCAGCUGUGAAAGAGGCCAUAAAAGGCACCCAGGUCAGCUUCCCCAAGCCCGCCGACGCCUUCGCUUUCGAGGAGGACAGCAGCAAUGACGGGCUGUCUCCCGAGCAGGCCAGGAGCGAGGACUCGCCGGGCUCCACCGAGUCAGUGGCCGGCAGCAAGGCCCCGGAGCCCGCCCCCCCCACGCCCGCCGGGCAGGCCCAGGAUCACCCCCAUGGCACCGAUGGCCAUGCACCGGAGCCGGCAUCGGGGCAAGGCAGCCGGUGUGACAGCCCCAAGCAGGCAGCGGGUCAGGAGAGCCCACCGCUCCCGGUGACCUCCGCCGUGAAGUCCAAAUCAUCCAGUGAUAGCAAGAACCGUCACAAAAAGCCCAAGGACACCAAGCCCAAGGUGAAGAAGCUGAAGUAUCAUCAGUACAUCCCUCCAGACCAGAAGGCAGAGAAGUCUCCUCCACCCAUGGACUCUGCAUAUGCCCGACUCCUCCAGCAGCAGCAGCUCUUCCUGCAGCUCCAGAUCCUCAGCCAGCAGCAGCAGCAACAACAGCAACAGCAGCAGCACUUCAGCUACCCAGGGAUGCACCAAGGCCAGCUAAAGCAAUCAAAUGAACAAAUGGUCAAAAGUUCAAAUUCUUCAUCAACUUCUGUCAACAACACCCCCCUUUCUCCUGUGAAAACCACCUUUUCAGGCCAGACUUGUGUCUCAUCUAUCAAGCCAGGUCCUCUGCCAUCUAACCUGGAUGAUCUGAAAGUGUCAGAACUGAGACAGCAGCUCCGAAUACGAGGCCUGCCUGUGUCGGGUACCAAAACAGCUCUAAUGGAACGGCUGCGACCCUUCCAGGAGUGCGGCAGCAACACGGUGCCAAACUUCAGUGAGAUCACCACCGUCACCUUCCCAGUCACUCCGACAAGCACCCUGUCAAGUUACCAGUCACAGUCCUCCACCAACAUGUUAUCAAAUGGCUUCUACCACUUUGGCAGCACCAGCUCCACCCCACCCAUCUCUCCAGCCUCCUCCGAUCUCUCUGUGAGCGGCUCUUUGCCAGACACAUUCAACGACGGGCCCAUGUCUUCUCCACAGUUCGGUCUCCAGCCAUCUCCCGUUCAUGGCAAUGCUGAAGAAAGCCUCAUGAGCAGCAUGAAUGGAGGGAGCAUCCAGCUGGAGCUGGAAGGGAUCGACACAGAGAAAGACAAGAUGCUGGUGGAGAAGCAGAAGGUUAUCAAUGAACUGACGUGGAAGCUGCAGCAAGAGCAGAGGCAGGUAGAAGAGCUACGGAUGCAGCUCCAGAAGCGAAAGAGAAGCAAUGGCCUUGAAGAGAAGCAGCAACAGCCUGCUCAGCAUUUCUUUGGUGUCCCCAUCAAGCAAGAAAAUGCGGUGUCCAGCUGUCCGUUUGCAUCCAAACAAACUGCCUUGAAAGGCCAAGCCAGCAGCUCGGAUAAGUUGAGUAACUGUGGGGUGCCGCAGCUGCCUCACAUUGUAAAUAGCCACUGCUUGGAGCCUACAGGGCAAAGCACCAUCACCUCCUCGACAUUCCUGAGCCCGCAGUGCUCCCCCCAGCACUCCCCACUGGGGGCUGCGAAGAGCCCCCAGCACAUCAGCCUGCCACCAUCCCCCAACAGCCACUAUCUCCUCUCGGUGUCCCCUGGCUCACAGGCAGAAGGGCGCAGCGGGUCCCCACAGACCAACAGUUGCCUUCGCACAGCAUCGAUAACACGAAGUCAGCAGAUGGACGAGCUCCUGGAUGUGCUGAUUGAGAGUGGAGAAAUGCCUGCCAAUGCCAAGGAAGAUCGGUCCUGCCUCCAGAAAGUACCUCAGAUAACCGUGUCUACAGGGAACUCCAGCGCUUCUCUCCCAAAGUCAUCUGCCCCCUUCGAGCAGGUCUCCUCAGCCCAGCUUCCCUUCGAGCACUGUCCGGGCAGCAGCGACACCCACCUCGAGGUUCUGCUGAACGCCCACAGCCCCCUGGGGAGGGUCAGUGAAAUCUCCCUGCUGAAGAUGGGGGGAGAAGAGUCCCACUUUGAAGGGAUGAUAGAGGGCUUCUCUGGCAAAGCUGGAGAUGAACUGCUCACCUCCCAGGAGAUUUUACAGACUCCUCUGUCACCCAUGGAAACCCAGCUCUCCCCUUCCCCUGCUGAUGGCUCCAGUUUACACAUGAGUUUCACUGAGUCUCCAUGGGAAACAAUGGAGUGGCUGGACCUCACCCCCCCGAGCUCCGCCACCGGCUUCGGCUCGCUCACCCCCGCGGGUCCCAGCAUCUUCAACAUUGAUUUCCUAGAUGUUACCGAUCUCAAUCUAAACACCAGCAUGGACCUGCACCUGCAGCAGUGGUGAAAGGGAGGGUGGUGGAGGCAGGAUACUGCGAUGCCCGCAGCAGACAGCACAGCGUUUCUGUCAUGCUGGAGAACAUACAGGGCUAAUGUGACGCAUCCAGGGGAAACUGGAGUCAUUUUCCCAGAAUAUAAACUUGUUUGAAUUACCAGUUACUGCGAACUGACAGCACAACAGAUCUGGUACUUUGGUUUUCAUCUAUCAACACGCCCUCACAGACAACACCAGUGCCUUUAACACUACUUCUUUAGAUUGUCAAGAACUUCAGUUUUGUUUCUUUUAUCUUUUUUCCCCGCAGUUUUAGCAGUCACUCUCGUGAGAACUGGAGCAGCUUAUGUCAAAACUGUGUGGUGAGGAGCCCUCACCUGGGUGGCAAUGGGAGAUCACGGAGAGCCCAUUUCUGUGCUCUCCUCUACUCCUCUCCUGCCCAUCCAGCCCUUCAGGAAAUCCUGCUGGGCUCACCUGGCCGUGCCCAGGCCGGGGGUGUGGGAGCAGGACGCUCUGCCCAGCCAGGGUGACAGUCACCCUUCCCACAGCCAGGCUCACCUUCCUUCCCUCCUCCUGCGCCCAAAGCUGUGUUGCUCAGGCCCUGCAUAGCUCUGCUGCAGGUGGAUGUGAGAUGGAGACGAACGUUCGUGGUGGCACCUUGUCAUGUCCACAUGGUGCCUGGGGGGCUGACAGCCCAGGAGCCAUCCUGGCCGUGGUCUGAACUGAAUCAGGCUGAAGGCUGUGAGCUCUGGAUGUUUGAGACAGCUGCUCAGGUUGUAGGUUCAGGUAUCGAAGGGACGUGGCAUCCUGGUGGAGCUGCCAUGUCCCAGCUAGUGUGGUACAGAUGAAGAGAUGUGUAAUGUGUUUUGGUCCAAGGUAGAAGCAAGUCAUACAGAAAAUACAGCCAGGCUUUGCAGAACCAGAAGUCAGGAUGCAUCUCCACCACCAUGGAAGCAGGGAGAGCCAGAAACAGGCAUUCAGUGACCUGCACGUGGGGCAGGGCUGAGCGAGUCAUUGGUUGGCUGCACUUUUGUGCGAGCGUCUGCUUUUGUUGCCUCCACUUCUCUGCCACCCGUCCUUCCACCCUUCUUCCUAUUCCUCCCUGAUCCCCAGCACGGAUCCCCUUCUCCCCAAGUUACUCCAGCGUCCCUGCUCUCUCAGCCCAGAGCAAGGCCAUCGGAGAACAGCUGUGAAUCACUGAGCCUGGAGGAGCUUGUUCUCCUGAAGCCGGCAGAGAUGGAUGCUCUCCUGCAGUGAUGCCUCCCAUUUGAAGUCACCAGCAUUUCUCCUGUGAGUCUCUGUGCAAUAUACUUCCUCGGGCUCUAGCAAGAAGGAGCCUUCGCUUCACCUCUUGGCUUCCACCAAAGAACUUGCUGCAGAGUGUUUGACGGACACGUCUACUUCUUUGCAAUUCUGGUUUUGCCAAAGUAAAUAUUAUUGCUGACAAAGAUUGUUAAACUAUUUACAGACUGAGCGUAUUUAAUAUUUGUGUUACUGGAAGGACAGCACGUCGGAGACGCAGCGGCUGGGGAGCAGGUCCGGCACGAGGGGCCCGCGGGCAGCCCGGCCGUGUCCCUGCGGCCUCCCCGGGGACGCUGGAGCUACUGGGGGCUCUGCAGCCCCGGCUGUGUCUCGAGUCGUGGCGUUGGUGCAUGCUGUAUAAAGCACAUGGCAGUAGCUUUCAACUCACUAUUUAAAGCACCACUUUUCUAUUGUACAAAUGGUCACAGUGCACUGCUAGGAUAGAUGAUCACAGGUUGCAUUUUUUUUUAAAGAAUUUCUUUUUCUAAGUAAGAGAUUUUUCGAAGCCGGUCCAUGGAGAAUAUUAAUAGCACUUGAAACAGCGUAGUGUUAGCUACUACACUGCAUCGUUGUACAGGGCUUUCCUGAUAACUUUUCUCCUCUCAGCAAAUGUAUUUCCUUAUUUAAAGGAUGCUGUCAGCUUCAAACUUGUAAGCAAGCACAUUUCCUUACCUAUGUUACCAGCAACACCACCAUUAUUAAAAACCCCUUUGUCUUGC